AUGAGUCCUUCUCUCGCCCCUCGCCCUCCCCUCACCCUCCCCCUCGUCCUCCCCUCGCCCUCCCCCUCGCCCUCCCUCGCCCUCCCCUCGCCCUCCCCUCACCCUCCCCUCGCCGUCCCCUCGCCCUCCCCUCGCCGUCCCCUCACCCUCCCCUCGCCGUCCCCUCGCCCCUCCCCUCACCCUCCCCUCGCCCUCCCCUCGCCCUCCCCUCACCCUCCCCUCGCCCUCCCCUCGCCGUCCCCUCCGCCCUCCCCUCGCCCUCCCUCGCCCUCCCCUCGCCCUCCCCUCGCCUCCCCUCCCUCGCCGUCCCCUCGCCCUCCCCUCGCCCUCCCUCGCCGUCCCCUCGCCGUCCCCUCGCCCCUCCCCUCACCCUUCCCUCCCCGUCCCCUCGCCCUCCCCUCGCCCUCCCCUCGCCCUCCCCUCGCCCUCCCCUCGCCCUCCCCUCGCCGUCCCCUCGCCCUCCCCUCGCCGUCCUGCGCCCGGACGCUGCUCUCGCCGCACAAAGCCGCUGCUGUGAUGCUAAUGAGCCUCGGCCGCGGCCUCGGUGUGAGCGGCUUUAGCCUUCGCCGCGUCCGCUCCACUCGCAUCAUCACAGUGACGAGACGCGAGCUGACAUAA